AUGCAAAAGUCAAAAUCCGAACCUAGUAAUCGAUUUGGAAGCGCUUUUAUCCUCAUAAAUGAAUCAAAAAGAAGACAGUCCACAGGUGUAAUAAAAAGAGCUUCAUCGUGUAUCAGUCAAUCGUCCAAAUUAACUACACAAUCAUAUAGCAAGAAUAUAUGGAGAUCGCCUGGCUGCUAUGAAAUCCCCAAUAUAUUGGGUCAUGCUUACCUGAAGCCUGAUCCACCAGUUGCAUUUGAUCUUCGUCCGCUUGAUCUUUCAAAGCAAAUAUCCAAAAAACCAUGGUACCCUCCUAAUCCUUAUUACAAUGUCCCCCCCUUGCCACCCUUGACUCGGUCAGGAAGUAAAUUAGAAACAAAGAUCAGAAAGAUCCUUCCAAAAGUACCUGUUCGUUCAUCAGAUCCUCGGACAAGAUAUGCACAGUUUCAAGAAAUAGGCACAGGUGUUAAUGGCGCUGUUAUUAGAGCUAAUUAUCGUAAAAAACAAGGACAGCAAUGUGCAAUCAAGAGAUGCAGACUUGAUCCCGACUUGGUUUACAGAGCUGCUAUUUUACGAGAAUUACGCAUAAUGGCGACCGGGCAUUCUAACUUGAUCAAACUGAAAGAAAUCACUUUGUGGAGAGACGAUAUCUGGAUCAGCAUGGAUUUAAUGCGUUGUUCUGUCUUUGCCGUGCUUUGCCAACGUGGUAUUCCAGAAGCGCAUACGAUAUUUAUUACAAGAGAAACCUUAAAAGCUCUUAUAUACCUACACGGUAAAGGGUACUUACACAGGGACAUAAAGUGUGAGAACUUGCUGUUGGGAUGGCACGGUGAAGUCAAAUUAGCAGAUUUUGGUCUGUCUGCGAACACUAAACAUAAGCACAGAGAUAGACUUGGUACAAGUAAAUGGAUGGCACCUGAAGUAAUAAGAGAAGACUACUACAAUGAAAAAAUAGACAUGUGGUCACUUGGUGUAGCUGUUAUUGAAAUGAUGGAUAGAGUUCCUCCUCAUUAUCUGAUCAAGGACGAAACUGAAUUAUUUAGCGUAAUAACUUCUGAGCCAAGUCCUACAUUUACCUAUAGUUACCCUAGCAUGUAUAUGAGAGGUUUAGUUGCAUGGUUAUUAGAUGAAGACCCAACAACAAGACCUGUCGCAAAAGAUGUAUUAUUAGAAAUUGAUACACAUAUUCAGAGACAUUUACUUCCUUGUUCUUCCUCUAUCGAACUUGCUCAUUUCUUGAAUCAAGUAUUACCUACAGUUAAUUAA